AGGAAAGGGAAAUAGGCUGCGACUGGGUCUUGCCUGCCUUAGGGUGCCUCGGACGGUGGAAGAAAUUGCUUCUCCUUGCCGAGUCGGCGUUCAGGGAGGCAUCUAUUGCCAGCAGGAAAGCUGCUCUUGGCACGCAUUGUGGCUCUACUAAGGGGCUCUGCCGACGUAGCUACAGCAGCACAAGGCUUCCAGUCUAGGAUGUCUUUUAGACCAUCUCCUAGAAGGAAACACUGGCAUUUUCGAUUUCUUCUGGGGGCCAGUUUCUUUCACACCAUGGAUUAAACCAGCUGCCUUUUGAUCCUGCCAAUAACAACGAACCUCUUCAGUUUACUAACACAACUGGCCCACUGCUUUCUGAAAGUGUGAUUGAGAAUGGAAGUGAGUCAAGCAAGAAGAGGAAGAGGACAGCCAUCCCACCAGCAGAUGGUGUUAGAAAUCUAAACUUGGACUCUACGCCAAUGGGCUUACCUAUGUCAGAUCCAGCUGCAUGGGCCACUGCAAUGAACAAUCUAGGGAUGGCACCAAUGGGAAUGACAGGACAGCCACUAUUGCCUGAUUUUGAUCCUGCUCUCGGAAUGAUGACGGGAAUCCCACCCAUUAACCCCAUGAUGCCAGGCUUGGGGAUUGUUCCACCUCCCAUUCCUCCAGACAUGCCAGCGGUGAAGGAGAUUAUUCAUUGCAAAACUUGUACCCUCUUCCCACCCAACCCAAAUCUUCCUCCUCCUGCAACAAGAGAAAGGCCCCCAGGGUGCAAGACAGUGUUUGUUGGAGGCCUGCCAGAAAAUGGAACUGAACAGAUCAUCACAGAGGUGUUUGAGCAGUGUGGAGAGAUCAUAGCAAUUCGAAAGAGUAAAAAGAAUUUCUGUCACAUCCGCUUUGCUGAAGAGUUCAUGGUGGACAAGGCACUUUAUCUCUCUGGUCAGUGCAUGAGACUGGGUUCACAUGGUUGUAGGGAAGGAUAUCGAAUCAGACUAGGCUCUAGCACUGACAAGAAAGACACUGGACGCCUCCAUGUUGAUUUUGCUCAAGCGCGAGAUGACCUGUAUGAAUGGGAAUGUAAACAGAGGAUGUUGGCAAGAGAGGAGCGCCAUCGCAGAAGAAUGGAGGAAGAAAGAUUUCACCCUCCCUCCCCACCUCCUGUUGUCCACUACUCGGACCAUGAGUGUAGUAUUGUUGCUGAGAAGCUGAAAGAUGAUUCCAAGUUCUCGGAAGCAGUGCAGACCUUGCUGACCUGGAUAGAGCGUGGAGAAGUGAACAGGCGGACUGCAAACAACUUCUACUCUAUGAUCCAGUCAGCCAAUAGCCACAUUCGCAGACUGAUGAAUGAGAAAGCAGUUCAUGAGAAAGAGAUGGAAGAAGCAAAGGAGAAGUUUAAGGUUGCAUUUUCUGGGAUUCUAGUUCAGUUCGAGCAGAUAGUGGCUGUGUACCAUUCCGCCUCCAAACAAAAGGCUUGGGACCAUUUCACGAAAGCUCAGCGUAAGAACAUCAACGUGUGGUGCAAACAAGCAGAGGAAAUCCGUAACAUUCAUAAUGAUGAACUCAUGGGUAUUCGAAGAGAGGAGGAAAUGGAAAUGUCUGAUGAUGAGAUAGAAGAUCCAGCAGAGACAAAAGAAACAGAAGAGUCAGCACUGAUCUCACAGGUAGAAGCUCUGAAGGAAGAAAAUGACAGUCUGCGCUGGCAACUGGAUGCCUAUAGAAAUGAGGUGGAGCUGCUGAAGCAAGAGCAAGGGAAAGUGAGCAGAGAAGAAGAUACAACCAAAGAGCAGCAAUUAAAACUCCUUCAGCAAGCUUUGCAGGGUGUGCAGCAGCAUCUUCUAAAAGUGCAAGAUGAAUAUAAAAAGAAAGAAACUGAGCUAGAAAAAGUGAAAGAAGACAAACUACAAAUGGAAAAAUUAUUAGAAACCCUCAGGGAACAGCAAGAGAUGGCAAAUGAAGAAGACAAGGAGAGAAACACGGCUGAUAAUCAAGGAACUGAAAGCAGUACUUCUAGGAUCUGUGCUUCUAGUCAGGAGAAGGAGUGCCCACUCGAGAGUACCCUGAGCAGUAGCCCUGUCAAAUCUGAACGAGAAGCUUUAUUAGUUGGUAUAAUUUCAACAUUUCUUCAUGUUCACCCAUUUGGAGCGAGCAUAGAAUACAUCUGUUCCUACUUACAGCGGUUGGACACUAAGAUUUCUACUACUGAAGUGGAAGUUCUUAUGACUCGACUCCAGCAUACUUUCAAGCAAGAGCUGAGUGGUGUUGGGGCUAGCCUGGAAAAAAGAUGGAAAUUUUGUGGCUUUGAUGGACUGAAAAUGACUUGAACUUUCAGCUUGGCUGUAAUUCAGCAUUGAAAAUAAUCUUAAAAUUUGUGCAUCAGGCGAACUAGGAUGUUACUGUAAUUCCAGUUGCAAUGGUUAUCAUGCAUAACUGAGAUACUUUUUCCGGAAUAUCAUAUGACCAAUUUAGGACAAACCUAGAAGAAAGUACGUGGAAGAAAUGUGAAUUAAACCUCAAGUGCUGUACCUUUUUGUUCAGUUGUCUAUUGUUAAUGAGCAAGUUCUGAUACUUAAGGACAGUCUAAUAUGUUCUACAGACAAAGUCUAUGCCACUGGUUGAGUCUUUGAUAUUUUUAAGCACAGAUACCAACUAAACAAAGUUUUGAUAAUUUAUGUGUGUUUUGUUUCUCUAAAAAUCUUUCAUUCUGUACGUGUUCCUACUACUGAGAACAGCCAUAGAAUUUGAUAUGCAUAUUAAAUAAGCUUCUAACAUUAUUGAAAGAAAAAAAAUCAGUAUUUUAUAUAUUUAUAUGUUAGAAAUGUUAUGUGUUUUAAAACAGAAAAAGAGUUUUAUGGGAUUUUGCUGAAUAACUAGAAGCCUAAAUGUUACUUACUUUUCAAAGUUAUUUUCUCUACUACACUAGGUAGCUGACUUUUUCAAAGUUAAAGUUAAACUAGAUUAAAGGUAAAAUGGCAGCCAUGCAGUGACUGCCAUGUGCCCACCUUGUGCAGAAUCAUUUUGUAAUUAACAUGCUUUUAAAGGGAAAGGGCAUUUAAUUUUCUAUAAAUCUGGGCAGGGGGAGGGGGCCAAGUUAAUCCCUGUAUUUUAGUAACCCUCUCCUUUGGGUUUACUAUCAAAUUUGUGUACUGCUACCUCUUGCUACCCUUGGGCUGAGUUGCUGUAAGUGUCAUAAAUAGCAUGUUUCUCUCCUGAAUGUUUCCAAAAAGUUGAUCUGUGCAUUAAUGGCAGCAUCCAGGCUCCUCAAACCAAGAACCAGCAUGAGUUAUGCCAACACCGCCUGCCAUAGGGAACUUGUGCCUCUAGGAGGGCACACCCUGGAAUGGCGGCAUACACAGUAUCCUCCCCAAUGCCGGCUGAGACAGCCAGUGGAACUGUUACCAUUGUCUCUGCAAUUUAGGCUGUCCUGGCCUGUAGUGCUUUGGCAAAUAUGUCACUCACUGUCACAAAUCUUGGUACUUCUGGAGAUUAAACUGGAAGUGAGUGGAACCUCUUCCAGGUAAGCAUUUGUAAAUGCUUGUGCUGCUGUCAUCAAAAGCUGUAUUUUUAAAAAUAAACCUUUUUAU